CUGCAUUCGUGGGGAUCACAGCCCUUCCCGGGAGAGCUGUCAAGCGUUUGGACCGGAUUCCAUGUUCCACGCAGCAAGAUGCUGCAGACCCUGUAUGAUUACUUCUGGUGGGAACGGCUGUGGCUGCCUGUGAACCUGACCUGGGCUGAUCUCGAAGACCGGGAUGGACGAGUCUACGCCAAAGCCUCCGACCUCUACGUCACGCUGCCCCUGGCCCUGUUCUUCCUCAUUGUCCGAUACUUCUUUGAGCUUUACGUGGCUACACCACUGGCUGCCCUCCUGAAUGUAAAGGAGAAAGCUCGGCUGCGAGCGCCUCCCAAUGCCACCUUAGAACAUUUCUACCUGACCAGCGGCAAGCAGCCCAAGCAGGUGGAGAUUGAGCUUUUGGCUCAGCAGAGCGGGAUCUCUGGCCGCCAGGUAGAGCGCUGGUUCCGCCGCCGCCGCAACCAAGACCGGCCAAGCCUCCUCAAGAAGUUUCGAGAAGCCAGCUGGAGAUUCACAUUUUACCUGGUUGCUUUUGUUGCUGGCAUGGCCGUCAUUGUGGAUAAACCCUGGUUCUAUGACCUGAAGAAAGUCUGGGAGGGAUAUCCCAUACAGAGCACCAUCCCUUCCCAGUACUGGUACUACACGAUCGAACUUUCCUUCUACAUGUCUCUGCUCUUCAGCAUCGCCUCUGAUGUCAAGCGAAAGGACUUCAAGGAACAGAUCAUCCACCACGUGGCCACCAUCAUCCUCAUCAGCUUCUCCUGGUUUGCUAACUACAUCCGUGCAGGGACUCUCAUCAUGGCUCUGCACGACUCCUCAGACUACUUGCUGGAGUCAGCCAAGAUGUUCAACUACGCGGGCUGGAAAAACACCUGCAACAACAUCUUCAUCGUCUUUGCCGUUGUUUUCAUCAUCACUCGACUGGUCAUCUUGCCCUUCUGGAUCCUGCACUGCACCCUGGUGUACCCACUGGAGAUCUACCCAGCCUUCUUCGGCUACUACUUCUUCAAUGCCAUGAUGGGAGUGCUUCAGGCACUGCACAUCUUCUGGGCUUACCUCAUUUUGCGCAUGGCCCACAAGUUCAUAACUGGAAAGGUGGUAGAAGAUGAACGAAGUGACCGGGAGGAAACAGAGAGCUCUGAGGGGGAAGAGGCUAUAGCUGGGGGAGGAGCAAAGAGCCGGCCCCUCGCCAACGGCCACCUGGUCCUCAAUAACCACCACCGUAAGAAUGACUGAGCGCUGCCCGGCUGCCUCCCAGACGAAUGCGUAAAGCCAAGGAA